UGAAGUUCCGCGCUCCGUGUGCGCUCCGUGGAGGCCGGGGCUGGGGUGCGCUCGGCGGUACCGCAAACACCUCUCACCCCCUCAGUCCGGUGACUUAUGGUUUCGGUAGGAUUUUCUUCUCUGAAAUAGAAAGGCGUGUGACUUGGGAAAAGAUGGCACACUCUUCAAACGGUGCCCCCAGGGGUUGGAAUCCCUCCAGGAAUAGGUGCGGCACAACGAUUCCGGAGGAGUGGAGAGGGCUGGGGUGAGGAACACUAUUUAAAAGGAUCCUAACACGUUCACCACUUUCUCUCUAGCAGUCCACAUGAGCAGACAGUAUCUGAUGCUAAGACUGCUCCUGCUUUCCAGACUUGAGCCUACUGAAAUGCAGCACUAUCUUCCCCCUCCCCCCACCUCGCCCUUCGCCAGCAGCCUCAUUAGCUAACCUUCUAGUCCGUGUUUUCUCCCCCCUUUCUUUAGUUCCACUCGCCUACUGCAUUUUUGCAAAUUUGUUUUGAGAUCACUUUACCAGAGGAGCCGGGGUCUCCUUAAGGGAUACUAAUUACUGAUUUUUUUUUUUUCUUCCUGAGUGAUAGGCUAUGGUUUCUUCUAUUUCCCCAAAAACAUUCAAGGGAAAAGGAAAUAAUUUUUUCCAGGUCUUCGAACACUUUUGGGGAAAAGCACGUUUUUUAACAGCCUCAGCUCCUCUGAGUUAAGAGUCAAAUCUGCACGCUGUGUAUGCCAGGAGAGCGGGACUGAUGGGCUUGGCGUUGUGCACCGGGAGAUCUGCAGUGCAUGCUUGGAGAGAAUCCAAGCAUGCACCAACACAGAAAGGUGAUCGGAACUGCAACCGGCACUUAAAUAUCAAGUUUAUUUGUGCACGAAGCAUAAAUAUGUAAACAUGUCUAUUUUAGCCAGCGCAAACACGGUAAAUGAAAUUGUGUGUGUAUGUGUCUGUGUGCGUGCACGCCACAGCCCAGUGAAGAGUUCAAGUUACUGCUGAGCAGAACCCCUCCUGACUGAUGCUGUCUUAGGAAAACAAUAGGGAGCUGUCCUGUUUCAGAUGUGGCCCAACAAAACAGCAACCUGUACCUCAGAGCGGCAGAAGCCUGAAAUUCUGAGCUUUCCCAUUCUGUAACUUUACUCCUUUAUCAACUCCCUGCUUCUCGUACAGUAUUCAUUUCAAAGGGGUCUCCCCGUGUUUAUGGCCCGAAAUAAACCAAAGCAGUGCAGAUGUAGCCUUCCCCAGCUUUUAGAUAAUUUUGCAUCCUUUCAUAGGAAGAAGGGUAUGUUCAUGGUUGCUUUUAAGGAAAAAAUUUAGCCUAAGAGUAGAAAUCCGCCCUUUGGGGGCUCAGGGGUGGUGGUAGCGGGGAAACAAGGAUGGGCUCCCUCCAGCCCCAGCACAGGCCGAGCUGCUUGCCUUUCUUCGCCUUGCCCCUGCGGAUCGGAGGGCUUCUCGGCGGUGUGCCCUGCCACAGGGCAUCUGUCUCGGGAAAUACUUCCCUACCUGCCUUGCUAACUUGAUCAGCGUCUCCUGGAGACAAGCGGCUCACCGUGUCACCACAUCACAUCUUCCUGAAGAGAGGCUAACUGGAGGCGCCUUUUUCCUGGGCACACAAACCGGCUCCGUAGCAUUUGAACCGCUGCUGGGUCUCCGUUUCAGUUAGCCUAGGUCACAUAAUUUUAUUCCCAGGUAGGGAAGGUUUCCUUUGCCUUCUCAUAAUAUUUUCCUCAGCUACAAAAGCCACCUGGAUGAAACCAAAGGAUUCCUGCGCGCUAGCAAAUGCCUGUUAAAUGGCUUCAUUACCACUCUAAUGACCCUUGCACCGCCCCACUCGGCUACUGCCGCGGCUGGGGCUCCGCAAGGCUUUUGUCCCCUUGUGUAAAGUUACUUAGGGAUUGCGGGGUUAGAAAUUUUACACUUCCAGGAGGGGUUUGUUGCACUGGCAGCUGGGACGCAUCUGUAACGGUACAAGUUUGCCUGAAAGCAGAAAAUUAGCAAGCCCAAGGCACUGCUUGACUGUUAUGUCCCUAGCAGCUCCAGGUCACAAGAGAAGGAGAAAGAAUGGGAAGGGGAUUUGUCUCGGAGCAAACACGUACACUUUUUUUUUUGUGAGUACCUUUCCUUAUGAUCCGAUCCGGCAGCACUAAAAUCUGGUUUCCCCCUUCCUCGUCUCUCCUGGCCACAAGUAGCUGUGCAUUGUUGUCCCCCAGUUUGUAUAUUUGAGCGGUUGGUGGCACAGCUUUAAUUACUGGACAAAGCACUCCUCGAGAUAAAUAAAAACACCCUAGGUCUAGGAAGAAGGUUGUAAUUUUUCAGGUUAGACCUGGAUCACGGGCCGUGGGAAAUAAAGAUAUGCAAGUAGACACUGUAGGUGUCCCUCCCGCGGAAACCUGUGAUGGGAAACGGGAGAUGGGAACACCGAGACGAGGAAGGGCUCUGUAGGAGCCACUGACAAGCGGUUCGUGCGCACCCACUGCCCCUCUUUCUCUUUCCAUACCAAACUGCUAAUUCACAGACUUGGUUGGAAAUUAGGAGAUGUCGCAACCAGUGCUUGGGAGGUCGUUCGUUAGAAAAGUGCCCAUCUUUCGGAGCUCCAAAGGAGCGGUGCGGAGCAAAUUGUCUCCUGGGGACUGGAGGGGGCCUGCCCAGACAGCUCCCGGCAGGGGCUGUGGUGGGAUAUGCUAAUAAAGACUGGCCGCUGCGGACCAGCCUCCCUUUCCAUGUAUAUAUAAGGGCCCCCUGCAUCAGCCAAAGGACACUUGGUCUCGGGUCCCUAAUUACGGAGGAAAUUGCCCCAGCGCGCUGCGGAGCGCCUCGCCGAGAGCCUGUGGCCGCCGUUCCGUAGUGACGCCUCCGCAGCAGGGAUGGAGGUGAUGGACAGCUGCAAGUUCUCCCCGUCCGAGCUCUUCUAUGACAGCUCCUGCCUCUCCUCCCCGGAGGGCGAGUUCCCCGAGGAUUUUGAGCCCAGGGAUUUGCCUCCUUUCAGCGCCCACGAGCCCCCCGAGCCCGCCUGCUCCGAGGAAGAGGAGCAUGUCCGAGCUCCCACUGGCCACCACCAAGCUGGUCACUGCCUCAUGUGGGCUUGCAAAGCCUGCAAAAGAAAAUCCACCACAAUGGACCGGCGGAAGGCAGCCACCAUGAGGGAGAGGAGGAGGCUGAAGAAAGUGAACCAGGCUUUUGAGACCCUGAAGAGAUGCACCACUGCCAACCCCAACCAAAGACUCCCCAAAGUCGAGAUCCUGAGAAACGCCAUCAGAUACAUCGAGAGCCUCCAGGAGCUUUUGAGGGAACAGGUAGAAAACUACUAUCACCUGCCGGGACAGAGUUGCUCCGAACCAACCAGCCCCACUUCCAGCUGCUCCGAUGGGAUGGCCGACUGUGGCAGCCCCGUUUGGUCGGCGAGAGGCAGCAGCUUCGAGGCCGUCUACUGCGCGGAGAUGUCCCACGGCUACGCCGCCGACCAGAGCAGCGCCCUGUCCAGCCUGGACUGCCUCUCCAGCAUCGUGGACCGUCUCUCCCCGGCGGAGGAACCGGGGCUGUCCCUCCGCGACGCCGACUCCCUCUCGCCCAGCAUCGACUCGGGGCCGGAGACGCCCGGAACGCCGCUGCCCCGACGGACCUACCAGGCGCUAUGAGGGGCCGGAGGGCCGGCACCCCGCGCCCGGCCCCUCCUGCAAACGCUUCUCGGGCGAGAGGGGCAGCCCCGGAGCCCCUUGGGCCGCCGCUUUCCUCUGGGGCUGCGGGCAAAGCGCCGCGCCGGCCCCCGGCCGGGGAUUUCCCGCACCCCGGCAGGGCGGGCAGAGCCCGGGGCUCGGGACACGCGCGCUGCCCUGGAAUCCCCGCUGCAAAUAAAGCAUGCUGUGAGAGAGAUGUCUGGCCGGCUGGUUCUUAAAGUGCAUUCCCUAGCAUGAGGGA